UUAUAGCUGGGAGAGCUUUGGGCUAUACAAGAGAGAAGGAAGCGUCGUAGAGACGCGGCGAAUGACAGACAGGAAAAGAAGCGAGGACGAGUUAAAUUGAGAGGGCCUGGCAGUUUGGAAGUUGUAUGGCCCCUUUACCCGCCACGAUGAGCUCUGUUCAAGGAACUAUUUCCCAAGAAGGUGAAGCACAGAAGCGCGCAAACACGGACGCAGAAGAGGCUGAGAGCACCGAGAGAGCGGCGGCCAAAGGAUGUAAAAACAAGGCGUUCAGUCUUCCCUUUAGUGUGGAGUCUCUAAUAUCGGACAGAGUUACUUCCAGGACUUCAUAUUCCGCAUCCGACUCAGGGCUUAUAUCCCCUUCUGAGGAGCGAUCACAACUCUCACCAAUGGGUCUUUACACAGACAGGAAACUGCCGCUGGAGAGCGUCUCAAACUUAGCUGUGGGGAAAAGAGGAGACUCGGAGGAGCUAAAUGAGAAGGGACAGGGCGGAUGGUUUCAGACACCGUCAUACGCCUCUCCUCCAAGACACCCGAGUCCGUCUCCAUGCGCGCUCCGAAAACACAAGAACAACAGAAAACCCAGGACCCCGUUCACCACCUCGCAGCUGCUAGCUUUAGAGAGAAAGUUCCGCCAGAAGCAGUACCUCUCCAUUGCAGAAAGAGCGGAGUUUUCCAAUUCCCUCAAUCUUACAGAGACCCAAGUGAAGAUCUGGUUCCAAAACAGGAGAGCGAAAGCAAAGAGACUUCAAGAAGCCGAGUUAGAGAAACUGAAACUCGCCUCGAAGCCUCUGUUACCGGCGUUCGCCUUCCCCUUCCCGCUGGGAGCGCACGUGACUUCUCCCGGUCUGUACGCAGCCUCGAGCUCUUUCCCGCGGCCUUCACUGCCCGUGCCGGGACUUUUCGGAGGACCUGUUACCUAUGGGAUGUAUUAUUUGUCUUAAAUGUGUUCCGUGUAAUUACCUGCAAGACUGUUGUUUUUUUGCCGGUCAUAAGCGGACAAGUUCAAAUGUACGACUUUGAAAGUAAAAACAAACUGGCGCGAGCCUUUACACACAUUUAAGUCUGAGAGCGACAAUUAAGAAAUUUUACAUAUAUAUAUAUA